AUGUUGAUGUUUGUAUGUAUUGCCAAACAAAAGAAGAGUAAAUUCGUUUGGGAUGAACAGAAAAAAGAAUGGGGUCGUCGUUAUGGUUAUAAAAAAGCAAAUGAUGAAUCAAAAGUAUGGCUUAUGGAAGUACCAACCAGUGCUGAUCCAAAUGAAGAUCAAUUUGCUAAAAAAUCAGCAGCGAAAAAUGAAUUUCAAUGUCUUAAAAAUAUUGCCCGUGCAAACAAAAUAAACGCAUUUGGUAAAAGUGCAUUUUAUCGUUUGUUUUUGAACGCUAUUGGUAAAUGUUCACUAUCUGAUGAAACACAUUAUGAUACUUCAUUUGAUGAUCAAAGUUCGUCAACCGAUACCAUUGAUACAAGACAUUUAAUUAAUGAAAUGUCACGUGGUGGAUUAUUAACUGAACUAAGUGAGAAUAAUAAAAUUCUAUUAUUAGAUGAGGCAGAUGGUUGUUUGAAAAGAAAUGGUCUUAUUCCUGAUGCCUCCAUAAGCGAACACAACAAUGUGUAUGAGUUAAUUCUUACAUUAUAUUCUGGCAAGACAACCGUCACCAAAAGUCUGACAAAUUCGAGAAAAAGUCUUUUCUUACAGAAGCUAAAUAUAUUAGCUAAUACAACAGAAGAACCGAUUUUACGAUUAUUAAAAAGAAAAAGUAGUGGCGAUGUUUCCAAUCCAUUUGCUGAACGUUCAUUAUUUCUGUUUGUAUCUACACCACUGACUCUCGAACAGCCAUUUCCACCCGUAUGGAAUUAUGAAACUGAACCCACCAUCGAACAGAUUGCUGUCACAUGUAGUUUUUUGAAAAAUUUACAUUUUUAUUAUGGUACAACUGCUCGUUUGAUGACAAUCAGUUAUGGUAACCUAUUAAGUAAAUUAAUGAUAAAAAAUGAAAAAAUCGACAAAUGGUUAACUGCUCGCUUGGGAAAAUCUCGUGAACAUAUUCAUCGAAUUGCUGUAAAUUUACAAUUAAUCCAUUUAACAUUUGAUUUAAUUGAUCAAUAUAAAUCUGAAUAUGGAAGUUUGAAAGAAGAAUCUGGUUUAUCUAUUUUUAAACAACGAAUGAAACAAAUAGUAAAAAACUUUCUUGGUAGAGAAAAUGAAAAAAUCACAGUUAAACUUGAAAUUCGUUUAGAUGCUGGUGGACUUCAAACAAUUGAACCCACCAUUUGUAGUUCAACUGAAGAAAGUACAACAGCGACAAUAUUAGCUGCAUAUGAAGAAUUAACACCACAUGAAAAAUCAAUUUAUGAUUUGGCGAGAGCAAUUUUAUUACAUAAUGAAAUUGCUUUCACGAAAACAACACUUAGUCGUUGUAUUCCACUAUGGAAACGAAGUACCAAUUAUCAUGAAGCUGCUAUUGAAUUAUUGACAAACAAAAAUCUUAUUAUUAAUUUUGAAAAAGCAGCAAAACAAUCAACGACAGGACGAUCUUUACAUAUAUUACUUAAAUGUGUGCCUAAGUCAUAUGAUUCAAAUCAUAUAGAAGAAUUUCAACAAUUACUUAUCGAAUUCAAUAUUGGCUGGGAAUCAUUUAAACGGACAUUAUGUCGUCUGCAGCCUCCUGUUGGUGUCAUUAUUAGUGCUGCACUAGCUGGUAUAUUGAAGAAUCGACAGUAUCAACUUUUCAUCAAUUUUGAUGUUGAUGCUUUAACAAAAGUUUCAUUAGAUAAUGUUUCUGAUCAACUAGUGAUGUCAUCUGAAGAUUCAUCAUCAAGUGUUCUAAAUAUUCCGCAAUCAAAUUCUACUACUACAACACCUUCUAUUGCAUCAAUUUCGAUUAUUUUACCAACAACAAGUGUUGUAAGUGAUGUUCCUAUUCAACUAGCUGAAACUACCACUAGUUUUCAGCUGCCUCGUCCAAAAAAUGUAACUGCAAAGCGAACUAAACAAACUAUGGUAAACAAAGCUUGUAUAGAUAAAAAGUCGUAA